CUCCCAAUUAUCAUAUUUGUUUUUUCAUUUUGUUUUAAAAGAAGAAUAUCUCUUUCACAUUUUAAAAAAGAGUAGUAGUAUAAACAAAAAGAAAACUUCCGCCUCGUUCUUCUCCCUCUGUCUCUCUCUCUCUCUUCUGAGCUUUGCUCAAGCUUUCUUCCUCCCAUGGCAACUCUCUCUCAAGUCAUUAUCUAGCUUUCUUUCUUUCCUUUUUUUAUAACUUCUUUUACACUUUUUUAUGGAUAUUAGGACUCAUAUUCUCGGGUCGGUUACUAGUAAUGAAAGAUCUAAGCAAGACAGAUCCGGAUUCGACGGUGAGGAUUGCUUGCAGAGAAGCUCGAAGUUAGCUAGAACAACAAUAACAACAACAGCAGAAGAAGAAAACUUAUCCUCUUCUUACGGAGCUGCUUACUGCAAAACGAUGUCGUUUCAUCAAGGCAUUCCUCUUAUGAGAUCUGCGUCUCUUCUCUCCUCUGACUCUCGUCGGCAAGAACAAAUGCUUAGCUUCUCAGAUAAACCGGAAGCUCUAAAUUUCAGUAGAUGUGUCGGUUUGGAGAGUAGCUAUAAUAACAAGAACUCUCUCCCGCCGUUUCUUCACCAGAUACCACCUCCUUAUUGUAGAAGCUCAGGAGGAUAUGGUUCUGGUGGAACGAUGAUGAACAUGAGCAUGCAAGGGAACUUCACAGGUGUGAAAGGACCUUUUACAUUGACUCAAUGGGCUGAGCUAGAGCAACAGGCGUUGAUCUAUAAGUAUAUCACAGCCAAUGUCCCUGUUCCUUCUAGUUUGCUUAUCCCUAUCAAGAAGUCCUUUUACCCAUAUGGAUCUUUGCCUCCUAGCUCUUUCGGAUGGGGAACUUUCCAUCUUGGUUUCGCAGGCGGUAACAUGGAUCCUGAGCCCGGGAGAUGCCGUAGAACAGAUGGGAAGAAAUGGCGAUGCUCAAGAGACGCUGUUCCUGAUCAGAAAUACUGUGAAAGACACAUCAACAGAGGCCGUCAUCGUUCAAGAAAGCCUGUGGAAGUCCAAUCUGGCCAGACCGCCACCGCUGCUGCUGCGUCCAAAGCGGUUACAACGCCGCCACAGUCUUUGGUCGCUGGUGGUAGUAACAAGAACAUUGCUCGUGCAUCACGCAACCGCAGCCUCGCCACUGGAGCUCAACACAUCAAUCCUUCUACAGACUCUCUACCUAACAACAGAGUCCGGAAUCUGCAAGGAAGCUUGGUAUAUCCAUCCACCGUCAGUUUACAACCUAAAGAAUCUCCCUUUGUUCAUCAGAAGCAAAGAAACAAUCCUUUUGAGUUUGGACACAUAUCCUCUGAUUCAUUACUCAAUCCGAAUUCCGGAAAAAGCUACGGAUCAUCGUACUUGGAUUUUAGCAGCAACCAAGAUAAGCAACCGGGCAAUCUUAAUCAUAACUCUUGGCCUGAAGGGGUGAAAUCGGAUUGGACGCAGCUUUCAAUGUCAAUUCCAAUAGCAUCAUCAUCUCCUUCCUCAACACACAACACUGGUCAAGACAAACUCACACUCUCGCCUCUCAGGCUAUCGCGUGAGUUUGACCUUUCGAUCCACAGCGAGGAAACAAGCGAGCCUGUGAAAAAGGUGAAUACUUGGAUACCAAUCUCAUGGGGAAGCUCCUUAGGAGGGCCUCUAGGCGAAGUGCUUAACAGCACAACGAAUAGCCCCACAUUGGGAUCUUCUCCUACAGGGGUUUUGCAAAAGUCUACAUUUUGUUCACUCUCUAACAGCAGCUCUGUAAGCAGCCCCAUUGCAGAGCACAACAGAAACAAUGGCGACUACUUCCAUUACACAACCUGAAACUGAAACUUGUCCUGAGGUGGAAAAUCUGGAAAACGAAAAAGUCGGUUUUUUUUUUCUUUAUUUCUUUCUUGAUGCAUUGCUCUUCAUUUUGUUCUGUUUUUUCUUUCUAAGCUUAAAGAGGAAAUUAGAGGAGAAAAAAAAAAGAGUAAUCGUUGUUUAUUCCAAAAGUCGAUUCUUUCUUCGUUUCCGAUUUCUGAGUCUGGAUUUGUUCCAUCAUGUUCUAAUAUAAU